AUGGACUCGAAGCCGACGUCCGUAUCCGAGGAACGGUUCCAACAGCUCCUCGCUGCGGUUGAUCAAACUCAGGCCAGUCUCAGGAGCCACUCCUUCCAAAUUGUCAGCCUCCAGAACCAGAUCCAGGUCAUCCAGAAUGCGAGAGUAAAAGAGGCCAAAGAGACGAGGCAGCACAUACGCGACAAGGAGGAGCUGCGAUCAAAGAUCGCGUACCUCAAGGGCAUGCUUGCCAAGCUGACUGUGGAGUUCUAUUCCGCGCAGGCCGCAGCCGCGGCGGCUUCCACGAGUCCUCUCGAAAGGGAACGCCCACAGGCCAUGCAUCGCGGGCUCAACCCCCGCGAUGACAUGUCGUUGAGCGCCUUUUUGCAGCUGUCGUUGGACAAGUCAACCCCCCCGAACCGGGCUGUGGACAUCGUGGCGGACCGACUGCUGGAGGAGCAGAGAUCACUGCUUGUCAGGGGAUUGCAGGAUUUCGCGCACAUGAACCAGUCGUUGAGUACGGAAACAAGGGAUCAGUUAAAUGAGCUUGACCCCGCGCAUUUCUACGACGCUCGAGAGGCCAUGACCGAUGACGGCCAUAAGACCAAGACCGAAGGCGGUGAUGACACCUUCUCGCUGGAAGAUGGAAUGCUGCAAGCCCCGAUAGCUGUGGAUGCUGCAUGA